GCUGGCGCCCUCCGGCGGCACUGGAAGGUACUUAUCGGGAAUGUAUGUAUGUGUGUGCUAGGACACUCCACCAUCUGGUAACACUGUGCGAAAAGCGCGCAAUUCUCCAAAAAAUUUCCAGACUGAAGAUGCCGCCGAAACGGACCAAAAAAGCAGAGGAGCCAGCCGCCCCGGGGGAUGUGGCCGAAGAGCUGGAUGCCAACGAGCCGGCGCUCUUCGUGGAGCACUGCCGCUCCUGACGAGUCUUCCGUCGCCGGGCGGAGGAGCUGCACGCCGCCCUGCAGGAGCGUGGUCUUCCCCGACUUCAGCUGCGGCUGAAUGCGUCCGGAGCACCACGGCGCGGCGCCUUCGAGCUGGAUCUGCGACCGGGUCAGGGGAAGCAGGAGCUGGUGCCGCUUUGGUCGGGCCUAAAGCGGGGGCCACCACGUGCUCUCAAGUUUCCCACGGCGGAGGAGGUGUACAAGCGGAUCAGCGGGAUUCUGGGCGGCGAGCCGGAGUCGGAGGAGAACAGGGCUUCUGGUUCGCAAAAGCAGGCGGAGGCCAAGCAAGAUGUAGUUGGUAAGCCUGACAAGGAGCAGCCAAGUGAGCCCCAGGAAGACCAGAAGUUGGAGGAGCCAUCGGAGGACUCCCAACAAUCCCAGGCGCCGCUCCAAACGAAGAGACAGUCGAAAGCCCCGAAGAAGCCCACUAAGCCAGCGAAAUCCCGGCCAGAAACCGGUGAAGAGCCAGCCCAAAGCAGCCAGAACCGCAAGCGCACCACCAGAUCCUCCACGGACGAGUCUUCGGGCGCCGCCAAGCGCCGAAAGUAGUGGCGAGUCCCAGAAAUCCCACUGGCAAUAGAGCCCUAUGACCGAUGACCGGCAAAUCCUCUCGAGGAACCGGUCGUUGAGACCCCCCCUGCCUUUGCUGGUGGGUUCCUUUGGGUGCCAGCCCUACGAGAAAAAACACCUGGCCCAAUUGUUAUUACAAAAUAUAUUAAAACAUCUUAGAAACCUA